AGUAGGUGAAGGGUUGUGUGGUAUGGUUCGAAAAGCAGAGGCAGAAGGGCUUUUCAAAGGAGUCAAGAUUGGAGAGGGCGGUAUGGUCGUGUCUUUAUUACAAUUUGCAGAUGAUACUGUGUUUAUGGGAAAGGCAGAGGUAGAAAAUUUAAGGACAGUGAAGGCUAUUCUACACUGGUUUGAAUUAAUUUCGGGGUUGAAGAUCAAUUUUUGCAAGAGCCAUUUGUAUGGGUUUAAUGUUACAGAAGGGUGGGUGAAUGGUGCAGCUGACAUUUUGCAUUGCAAGAUAGGAACGAUGCCUUUUAUUUACCUUGGUUUGCCGGUUGGAGGAAUUUCGGGGAGGAGAAAGUUUUGGGUUUCUGUAUUGGAUCGCUUUCGGAAUAAGCUUGCCGCCUGGAAACGUUCACUGCUGUCCUUUGGAGGUCGAAUUACCUUGCUCAACUCGGUACUUUCUACUCUUCCUAUUUUUUACUUGUCAUUAUUUAAAAUUCCAAAUUGUGUUCUUGGUGAGAUGGUUAAGAUUCAGAGGGAUUUCUUUUGGGGUGGAACAAAUUUGGAGAGGAAAAUUGCUUGGGUAAGGUGGGAUCAUAUUUGUGUAGAUAAGGAGAGAGGGGGUUUAGGAGUGGAUGAUUUAAAGAGGAGAAACUGGGCUUUAUUGGGUAAGUGGUGGUUUAGGUUAGGCGAUGGGGUAGGGGGAUUAUGGAAGAGAGUGAUUUGGGAGAAGUAUUACGGGGGUCGACAGGAGGUUGAUAUUACUUUUUUCAGCUCCUUGCGUAUGUCUCGAGUGUGGAAGGACAUUGUGGGUGUUGGUAGUGGGUCGGAGAGGUUGAGUUUAAUGCUAGGAAAAGGCUUUAAAUGGGAGAUUGGGAAUGGAAGUCGAGUGGCUUUUUGGGAUGAUAAGUGGGGUGGUGAUAAACCUUUAAAGGAUUUAUUUCCAAGAUUGUAUGCGUUAUCAUUGAACAAGGAGGGGAUGUUGAAGGAUAUGGGUUUUUGGAGGGAGGGUAUAUGGGUAUGGGACUGUAAAUGGCGACGAAGCUGUUCUGGGAGGGUUGGUGAGGAGAAAGAAAGAUUUAGGGAGAUUAUCAAUAGGAUCACGGUAAAGGAGAAUAAAGAUGAUUCAUGGAGAUGGGCUCAUAGUACUGAUGGAGUUUAUUCUGUUAAGGAGGCAUAUGAUUUUUUAGCUCCUAAGGAUGAUCUUUUGGCUGAGAAAUGGGUGAGAAUCAUUUGGUGUAAAUUUGCUCCAUCUAAAGUGAGUGUUUUUGGGUGGCGGUUAUUUUUGGAUAGGUUGGCAACUAAGGAUAACCUAUUUAAGAGAGGGAUCGCACGGCUGGGGGGGGAUGUGAGUUGUGGAGUAUGUGGGGAAGGCGUAGAUCAGGGUGUUUUGUCGAACAACAUUUUCAAUUUGGCAGAGUUUGUGACGCAUGGUAUUAGUGGAGGUCGUUUGGCGGAUUUAGGGGCUUUCAUUUUUCUGAUUGUUGCUUGGUUUAUUUGGUUCCGUAGGAGUAUGCAGGUGUUUGACACAAAGUUGUUGUCUGCGGAGUUAGUUUUGGAGUAUAUUCAACAUAAAUCAUUCUUAUGGCUUAAAAAUAAAGAGAAAGGGAGUGUUUUUUCUUAUCAAGAAUGGGUCUCCAGUCCGAUGGAGUGCAGGGAGGCCAUUAUCCAGCAUCGUAAUAAUCAGAAACUGUAUCACAUGCGGCAGCGAGAUGUGGGAUGAUUUUAUUGUAAUUGUUGCUGAUUCUUGUGCUAAAUCGUCAACUCCUAGAUGCUGGUUCCGGGCUUCAUGUGUGAUUUCAUGUGAUUUCUUUUGAACAUUUUUCUUGAUAGUUGUAAUUCCAUUUUGGGGUAUUUCUCAUACUCCUAAUUAAUAUAUAUCAUUUGUUUUG